UCCGCCUCGACUGCGCCCCCGCAGCCCCUUGCCGCCCCCUGGUCGCGGCUCCUCGUUGGGCUCUGGACCCCCUGCGUCACCCCCGAAACAUGACUCGCGAUUUCAAACCUGGAGACCUCAUCUUCGCCAAGAUGAAAGGGUAUCCUCAUUGGCCAGCCCGAGUAGAUGAAGUUCCUGAUGGAGCUGUAAAACCACCCACAAACAAACUACCCAUUUUCUUUUUUGGAACUCAUGAGACUGCUUUUUUAGGACCAAAGGAUAUAUUUCCUUACUCCGAAAAUAAGGAAAAGUAUGGCAAGCCAAAUAAACGAAAAGGUUUUAAUGAAGGUUUAUGGGAAAUAGAUAACAAUCCAAAAGUGAAAUUUUCAAGUCAGCAGGCCUCAACUAAGCAAUCAAAUGCAUCAUCUGAUGUUGAAGCUGAAGAAAAAGAAACUAGUGUUUCAAAGGAAGAUACUGAUCAUGAAGAAAAAGCCAGCAAUGAGGAUGUGACUAAAGCAAUUGAUAUUACUACUCCGAAAGCUGCCAGAAGAGGGAGAAAGAGAAAGGCAGAAAAACAAAUAGAAACUGAGGAGGCGGGAGUAGUGACAACACCAAUAGCAUCUGCUAAUCUAAAAGUGAGCCCCAAAAGAGGACGACCUGCAGCUACAGAAGUGAAGAUUCCAAAACCAAGAGGAAGACCCAAAAUGGUGAAACAGCCUUGUCCUUCAGAGAGUGACAUUAUUACUGAAGAAGAAAAAAGUAAGAAAAAGGGACAGGAAGAAAAACAACCUAAAAAGCAGCUGAAAAAAGAUGAAGAGGGCCAAAAAGAAGAUGAUAAAUCAAGAAAAGAGUCAGACAAGAAAGAGGGGAAGAAAGAAGUGGAAUCAAAAAGGAAAAAUUUAGCUAAAGCCGGGGUUACAUCAACCUCCGAUUCUGAAGAAGAAGGGGAUGAUCAGGAAGGUGAAAAGAAAAGAAAAGGUGGAAGAAACUUUCAGACUGCUCAUAGAAGGAAUAUGCUGAAAGGGCAACAUGAGAAGGAAGCAGCAGAUAGAAAACGCAAGCAAGAAGAGCAAAUGGAAACUGAGCACCAAACAACAUGUAAUCUACAGUAAUAAAAAAUAUAUCUCAUUUUGGGCUCAAAGCAUUAAUCCAGUUACUGAAAAGAGAAUACAAGUGGAGCAAACAAGAGAUGAAGAUCUUGAGACAGACUCAUUGGACUGAAUUUCCCCCUCCCCCCUUUGAUGGAAGAAAUGUUCCAGACUCUAAAUUGAGGACUUCAUUAUUAAUGGCAUUAUUACUAUGUUAUGAUUGUUAAAAAAUUUCCUGUAAGGUACACACUACAUAUAAAGGUUGGCCAUAAUUCCUGUUGAAGUUUUUUACCAAGCUUAAAAAUGAAGCUUUGUGUAUUUGAAAGUUAUAACAAACUCAGUUGAAGACAGUGGUUGUACAGUAUCAUUUCAUUUAAAAACUAUAAACAUUUUGUUUUGAAGCUAGGCAUUUAAACUGGAAUAGCUAUUAUACCCCUGAGAAUGGGGCAGUUGUGCCCUUGACAUUCCUUUGUUGUUUAAUUCUUUAGAAUCUUUUUUUUUUUUUUAAAUCCUGAGAGAUUAAACAGUAGACUUGUUAAGAAAAGAAACAAAAAAGCAAAAAACGAAAUUGUAACCAAAACUUUAAAAUAAAGUUUUUUUU